UUCCUGUUACUGCUCACCGCAAUCUCUAUCCCACUUCUGCAUCUGGUCUUUCGCCUUCUCUACUCCCUUCGUUCUGUUUAUUUUAAUUUUCUCGAAUUACAGACUAUUCGGUUGACGUAACCAAGAAUAAUUUACCUUUUAUGCUCUGCAUUAUUGAACACAUCAUGGAAUGAAUCUCCACUCACAGUCCUUUCCUCAUCUCGGUUCAUCUUCUUUCAAUAGUAAACAUCAAAGAAAUCGAAAAAUCUCAGUGAUUAACUUCCACCGCUCUGCAGGAGUGGCUUUACUGAUAGGACUAAGGAGUGUUCAAGGCUUGUUCUUUUCAUUCUUGUUGGGCUAUGUUGAGUUUUUCGGCUGCGCCUUCUGUUUGUGGAACUUUUCCGAGGCUUAGGGUUUGUUCCACUUCGUUGUCUUCUACUACUUCGAAGGUUUCUCCGAUUUCUUAUUCUUUUUCUAGAUAUAGAGGGUUGGGUGUUCGGCGGUGUACUUGUACGUUUUAUUCGUCGUCGAAGGUCAGAUCCAUGGCGGAAUUGGUGGAAGAUAAAGAGCCGAUGGGUAAGAGGGGUUUGCCUGGAAAUGCGGCAGUUCUUGCCUCAGAUUCAGGGGCAGAGAAGGAAGUCAGCCAUUCACGGACAUUUCUUGAUGUUCGGAGCGAAGAAGAGCUGCUAUUGGGAAUUAGAAAGGAGAAAGAAUCUGGGAGACUUCCUUCAAAUAUUGCUGCUGGGAUGGAGGAAUUAUAUCAGAACUAUCGAAAUGCGGUUCUUAAAAGUGGAGAUCCCAGGGCAGAUGAAAUAAUAAUAUCGAACAUGGGUGUUGCAUUUGAUCGCAUAUUGUUGGACAUAGAGGAUCCUUUUAUCUUCUCACCACACCACAGAGCAAUACGAGAACCUUUUGACUAUUUCAUGUUUGGCCAAAAUUAUAUCAGGCCAUUGAUUGAUUUCAGGAGAUCAUAUGUUGGCAACAUCUCCAUCUUCCACGAUGUGGAAGAAAAGCUUCUGCAGGGCCACAAUGUUGUCUUGAUCUCUAAUCAUCAGACAGAGGCGGACCCAGCUGUUAUUGCAUUAUUGCUUGAAAAGACAAAUCCACAUAUUGCUGAGAACUUGACCUAUGUUGCUGGCGAUAGAGUUGUAACGGAUCCUCUCUGCAAGCCCUUUAGCAUGGGAAGGAAUCUCUUUUGUGUGUAUUCGAAAAAGCACAUGUAUGAUGUUCCUGAGUUGGCUGAGAUGAAAAGGCGAGCAAAUACCCAGAGUCUGAAGGAGAUGGCUUUGCUUCUUAGGGGUGGAUCACGGAUAAUAUGGAUUGCACCUAGUGGUGGUCGUGAUCGCCCAGAUCCAGUCAGUAAAGAAUGGUACCCGGCACCCUUUGAUGUUUCUUCAGUAGACAAUAUGAGAAGACUUGUAGAUCAUUCAGGUAUUCCAGGUCACAUCUACCCUUUAGCAUUGAUAUGCCAUGACUUAAUGCCCCCACCACCCCAGGUUGAAAAAGAAAUUGGAGAGCGGAGAGAAAUUUCGUUUCAUGGGGUUGGGUUAUCUAUAGCUUCAGAAAUCAACUUUAGUCAAGUUGCUACUCACCAUGAAGACUCUGAAGAGGCUAGGAUGGUCUUCUCACAGUCUCUCUAUAGUUCUGUAACUGAGCAAUACAAUGUGCUGAACUCUGCUAUACAUCAAGAUCAAGGACUUGAUGCAUCAAUAGCUACUGUCUCUUUGUCACAACCCUGGCAAUAGGUGGCUCUUGUAGCUUAUUGUGUUAUGCUCCUUUCUUAUCAGGUGAAGUUGGACACCUUUGAUCAGAUUUUUAUGCAUGUGAUUUUCUACACAAGGAAAGGAAGAUACUUUUUGGAAUUGAAACAUAUAAUUUGGAGAUGAAUCAUUGUUCGAGAUAAGCUGCCCAGUGUACAGAUUGUUUUCAUUCCCUGAAAUGCAACGUGCUUAUCUUUAACAAGUNCCGCCCCCCAUGUGUAGUAUCUCUUAUAUUGCUUAAUUGGAUUAACCGAUUAAAUGUUUCUAUUUCCUUUUAUAGGCUCAGUGGAGUCCAAAAUCUGUGUUUACUUUUGCUUUGGAUUUGACUGUCUUGUUUUUUCUGUGAGAAGUAAAAUGAUGUGGCCCUCACUUUUCUUUUGGGCAGACUAA